AGUGGCGCGGCGGAAGCCGGGAGCGGCCGUGCGGAAGCGGCGCAGCCGUCAUGGAGCUGAGCGAGAUGCUCUACAACAAGUCCGAGUACAUCGAGACGGCGUCCGGCAAUAAAGUGAGUCGGCAGUCCGUGCUGUGCGGCAGCCAGAACAUCGUUCUUAACGGCAAGACCAUCGUUAUGAAUGACUGCAUCAUCCGUGGUGACCUGGCAAAUGUUCGGGUGGGCCGGCACUGCGUGGUGAAAAGCCGCAGCGUCAUCAGACCACCCUUCAAGAAGUUCAGUAAAGGGGUGGCUUUUUUCCCUCUGCACAUUGGUGAUCAUGUCUUCAUAGAAGAGGAUUGUGUUGUCAACGCAGCCCAGAUUGGCUCCUAUGUCCACAUAGGCAAGAACUGUGUCAUUGGCCGGAGGUGUGUUUUGAAAGACUGCUGUAAGAUCCUGGACAACACAGUGCUACCUCCUGAGACAGUGGUCCCACCUUUCACCGUCUUCUCGGGCUGCCCAGGACUUUUCUCUGGUGAACUCCCAGAAUGCACCCAGGAGCUUAUGAUCGAUGUUACAAAGAGCUAUUACCAGAAGUUCUUGCCUCUCACUCAGGUGGCCUCAGCCAGGGCCUAACACCGAGCUGCCACUGAAGAUCUCAGACACCCAGCACUAUUAACAUUCCUUAGCUUUGGCCACUUUAUCCUGUCUUCUGAAGCAUCCCUCUGACCUGGGUUCAUCUCUACGCCGCUGCCAGCUUUGGAAGAUGGAGAGUCAGUGGGUUGCAGCAUCCUGCCCCAUUCCCAAGGGGAUGUUCAUUCCAGCGCACCACACUGAACCCUGACACUGAACCCAGGGGAGGCCUUUGUGUAGUCACAGUGGAGCUGCAGCUGCACGGGGUGGCACGGUCCUCAGGGAGGGAAUUCCCAGGAAACCCCUUCCUUCAGGAAUCCUGUACAAACACUGAGCACUCCAAACACCAA